UUUUGUUGAUCAACAUUUUAGCUGUCGGUAUUUUUCUACACUGUAGAAAAAAUAUUGGCCGUUCGCUAAUAGGCAGACACCAUCUAAAAACCAAAACUAUUUAACAAAAAAAUAAUGUUUUAGGGUCAUCUCAGCACAUAUUUAAAAAAUGCCAGGCGAUCGCAGGACGAAAAAUAAACAAAGCACUGGAACAGUGCCAAAAAUAAAACCUUACAAUGUUUCCUCUUCCCCUAACAUAGCAGAAAGGUCCACCACCCAUGCCAACAAUCUAACUGCGUAUGGGCACCACCCUCCUGACCAGUAUAACAUCUUUAGGAAUCGCAGAAGGAAUCAACAGCAGAAUAACUAUUUCACUAUGGAGAACGCUCCAGAAGGUUAUCUACCCAGUGUCCAGAACAUGAUCGCUAAUGAAACAUCCACAAACACGAGUUCAUCGAAUUCCAGGAGAAACUCAUCUGGAUCAACUCUGAAAUGCGACAACAUAACGAAAUAUCCUGAUAAGAAGCAGGUAGAGCAGAGGCUGGAGCAGAUUCGUGAAUACUUGAAAAUUACAAAUUCUUUAAUGACCAGCAUGAGGAAUACCGAUGAACAUAUUGCAAAUUUGCCUUACGAGCAGAGCCCCGAUUUUUCCGAAAUAGAAAGCUUGGAGAAAGUGAUGAGUGACUUGAAAGACAGCGAAACAAAGUUAGUCUGUAUUCUGGACCAAAUGAACGCCGGGGAUGGCGCGAAUAGCGAACAGGCGAUAGAGAAUGGUACGGAGGAGCUGUCGUUGCACAGCACUGCUUCGACAAUGGGAAACAACAUCGAUGUCAAUUUGGACAAUCCAAAUCACGAAAUGGAUGCUCUGAAGGAGCAGCAGUUGUCUCUCAUGCGACUCCAGCAGAAAGCGGAGUAUAAACUGAGAAGUGCAAGGCAGAUUCAAAGCAAUCUACUUCAAGCGACAGUCGAUUCGAACAGCGUCGCAAACUCCAAAGACAGCAAAAACCUCCGCGACUUCGACGUCGCAAUCGGAGAGCUGGAGGAGAGAUGGAAAAGACUGAAGCCGGUCGAAUCGAACAACAAAACCGAGGAGAUGUUCACUAGUCGCGUCGAAAGCCUGCACAAUCAGAUGAUGAGCUUGCGCGCCGAAAAUAACGAAAGGGAACACCUCAUCGAGGCGUUGGACAAUCAAGACGCCGCGCUGAGGUCGGAGCACGCAGAGCUGCAAAACAAGCUCGUCGAACUGCAGAAUAAGAAGUCGCAGGUCGAUCAACUGGUGGCGCAACUCCAGAGCUUCGGGGAGCCGGAAGAAGGAGAUGUCGGCGGGCAAGUCCGAAAAAUCGUAACGAUGAAGGACCAACUGAAGAAACUGAAAGACAUGCUCGAAAUAGUAAAAACGACGGAAAACAUUAUGCAAAACACGAAUUCGUCGGCCGAAGUCCAAGCCGCCGCUUCUGAUAUUUGUUCAACGGCCGAAAACUUUUUAGACAAGCACCUGCAGAAGACCCCGCUGGCAGCCAGCGUUUCGAACGGCUCGAACGUCCUCAGGUAUGACAACGAUACGGGCAGCGAGGCGCGCUCGUCCAAGCAGGUCAACAAGAAGAACAAGCAAGCCGUUAGGAGGGUGGAACCCAGCCAGGUUAUCAGUGACAAUCAGAAGAUCGUCAUGCAGAGGCAGCUGAACGCCAAGAAGAAGGAUCUGGAGGAUAUCAUGGGAAAAUAUAAAGCCAGUAUCUCAAAUUUAAACCAUGACGUCGGCAUAGACAACAAAUCUGAAACGAAUUAUUGGUCUCCGGCGAAUCAACUUCCCAUUUCUCAUGGCGAAUCUGAUACUUUUUCGAGCGAUGACUGCGAGGAAGACAUGAACGAGUACGCCGAGCUUAGCGACAAUCACAACGCUAUCUCUCUGCCUUCUCUGAAUUACUCGCCUUCCAAUGCGUCUAAACAUCGAUCGGAGAAUCUGUCGCGUAAUGCUUAUGUUCAGCCUGCGAGUUCCAGUAACAGGGGUUUUUACCAAGAUAGAAAUGCGCGCAGUGCUUCCGUGGGUACUGUGGGAUACAGGGAUCAAGCCAGGUCUAACGUAGAUCAAGAAAAAACGGAGGUACAGAAACAGCUCUACCUGAUGAAGAGUCUCUGCGACUCUAUGCUGGAGCACCAAGCAAUGUCAUCCACGAAUUUCAACCAACCCAAUUCGAACGUUCUAAGAAAUAACCUGACUCCUUCGCCGAUGUACCCCUCGAACCUGUUGAACGUCCCGAAUCCGAACGCGGGCUUACCUUGGACCCCCGAGUCGAAUGCCAGCCACAGCAACCUCAACAACGGACACUGGCAGGCGCAGUCUGCAAUUCUCGACACACUGAAUCAGUGCUGCCAAGUGCUGUGCAUGCAGCAGAGGGAGAUCGAGAGCUUGAAGAACAACUUAGCUUUGCUUCAGGUCAGAAUGGAGAAUCCACUCAGGUCCAAUGGCGAUCACCUUGGCGAUCUUCUCCAGAAUCUCCUGUCGGAACUCCGUUGUUCCAAUCCGUACUACCCCAACUCAAACCCUAUCCCCAACUCGAACCCUAUCCCCAACUCCAACCACCACAAAGAUAACCACGUCUCGGGCGCUUUCUCGCUGCCUAACCUCAACCAGUACAACCCCUCUCCGCUGGCGCCCUCUUCUAACAUGGCUCCAAACUACGUAAACGACAGUAACGCUCAGAGCGGCGGCGGCCGCCUGCUAGAUUCAAACAACGUCCCCGCUAACAAUCUGUUGCAUGCCGUCAAUCCUAACAUUAACCACGCCCUGUCCAACCAAUUGUGGAAUGGCCAAGCGUUGAAUAACCAGGUUGCGCCCGGAAACAGAGCUAACAAUUACUGGGACAAUUUCAGAAGUUACUCCCGCCAAAACCUCCUCUCGACGAAGAACAUCGAGUCCCUCUCGAAUCCCCCGUGCACCACUUACGACCGUUCGAACGUCGUCAACGAACGAACGAAUCCAUUCGUCGGCUUCUAUUCCAAGAGCAAUUUCGAACAGGGCUCGACGUUCGCCGCGCACGACAACACCCGAACGACGCCCGACGUGCUGAACGUCACUCACAACUCCACAAAGAGUGGCAGCGAACAGGCCGCAGCGCCUUCUAGCGGCGAACGGAUGGUUGUGCCAUCUAGCGGCGAACGUAUGGUGGCGCCAUCUAGUGGUGAACGGAUGGUAGCUCCAUCUAGCAGCCAAAGAGUGGCAGUGCCAUCUAGUGGUCACAACAACGAGCAAGAUGGUUUCCGGGUGCAGCCGAACUUCAACUUGAGCCAUGACAGCAAUUUAUUCGGCUCGAAUCUUACCGAGGAUCAGCUCCUCGAGGUGAUCCGGAGGAGGAACGAGUUGACCGAAGAAGGUUCCGAAGAUCGGACAUCUAGGUCUAAGCUGUUUGAAGAACUACGCGAAAACGUCUACAAAGAAGUGGCGUCUCUCAUAUCUGCCAACGAAGCUAGACCUCACUUUCUGAUCCAGCUGUUCAGGGAUCUUCAGAUGAUUGGUUCCGACUUUUUGCGGCUGCAGAUUCUACAGGCAAUACAGGCGGUCAUCACGCAGUUUUCUAACGUGCCUGAUACUGAGCAAGCCACCAUUGAUCAAGAGGUAGUUCAGAUUCCAGAUAGCUUUCCCAUGCAACCUACUAUUUGGCCCAAGUCAAGUGUUAGAUUUAAGAAGUUUCAUGGCUGUCAAGAAAUAUUAAAGGAAAUUAGACCGUUUUUGCAUAGGCACGCGAACCACGUCUUCCAAAAUCAACUGCUCUCAUCUUUGAAACAGACUCUCUUGGCAUCAGCCUCGUUCAAAAAAGUCGUGAAAGACGCUGUGUUCGAGACGCAUUUUUCCAAUCUUCUUGAUGGAGUUUUACGUCAGUAUUAUGGAAAGAAAGUUGGACAUGUCAGAGCCCAUUUGAUCCAAACGUUAACCGACUUGUUUUCCGGGGAAUUGGGCUACAUCCAGUUGAUUCAUGACACUGCGCAGGAAUCAUCCCAUCCUCAUCAAUCAAACGAAGCAGGCUAUGACAGUACAAAUUUCCUCCAAGAGUCUCAAUCGCAUGAGCAGCAGAGUAACAACGAAAACGUUCCUCAGCCUGUUGAGAACAUCCAAAACGAAGACCUGGCCGAAGCGGAUCAAUCUAGGGUUAUUAGCGAAGACGUGGAAGAUGAAGAAGAAGAAGAAGAGGAAGGAGCCGUGGGGGGGAUUUUGGAGGUAGUACAAGAUGUGGAAUCUCAGGAGGUGAAGCAGGAUAUUUGUGAUGAAGCUGGAGAUUUAGCUGCUGCCGCAAUAGAGGGUUUGGAUCAGGUACCGAUUAGGUUGCCCAUUGCUGUGAAGUCCCGAUCAUCGACUCCAGUCAGAGAUACAACAAACUCGGAUUCGAGCCCGUUUUAAACUGUUUUUAAAUUGUAUUUUAUUUCUAGGUUAGGAUAUUGUGAUUCUGGAAUAAACGUUAUAUUUUGAAGUCAA